GGCUGAACGACGUUACACUUCAAAGCAAAGAUGCUAACACCUUUGACAGGACUGUCAUUGUGUGUUCUACUGCUAAAUUUGAUACCAGGAAUCCAAGGCGCUUGUCUCGCAGAUACACAGUGCUUUGGGAAUGGGAACUACAACGCAACAACACAGACGUGUAGCUGCUACGCGCGCCAAAGAACGGGCCUAUACACUGGCGAAUGUUGCGAGAGUAUCGGCUGCACAUCACCAAACGCGACCUGCAAACACGGCUACUGCGACACUGAUGGAGAGAAAUGCGAGCGCUGCAUGACAGGAUGGAGUGGUCCAAACUGUGAAAACAUCACCUCGUGCUUUCCUUGGUUUCCCUGUAGAUAUCAUGGAUCCUGCAAGAAAUCUAGGGGUAGAUGCGACUGUGAGCCUGGCUGGGUGGGAGACCUGUGCGAUCGCUCUCUCUGCCAAGUUCCGUGCAAAUAUGGUGCAUGCCCAAACGACCCAAAGAAAUGCGAGUGUUACGACAAUUAUUAUGGCACAGAAUGUGAAAGGUAAUUAUUCAGCGUUUUACGGUCCAAACAGAUUCCUUUUAGCGUAUCAAAGGCCCCCGCAAAAAAGUCAUAAUAUCCUGAAAUUGCCAUUUGGGGAGAACUUCACUGAACAGCAAUUUGAAAAUACUAUGGAAUUUUUCAAAGUAUAAUAGCCAAUGGGGUUAUAAUCACCUACACUGUAUAAUUACCUCAAGCUCAAACAUCCGAAAUGAAAAUGAUGUAUUUUUAAAAGUUCUUUAAUUAAUGAAUUUUUUUCUCGAACACACAUAAUAAUUAUUAUUUUUCGUAAAGGCUUACAUUUUUAGCGGAGCUCUCGCGCUCGAAGCGCGACAGCGGAGCACCUUGGGUAAGAAAAUUUGAUAAACUGUCCAUCCGAGACAAUUUGGUUAUGACGUAGCGUACGAACGACCGUCCGUACACCCACUACAUGUAAGUCGAAGCUAAAUCUCAGGUUAUUUUGGCGUGAAAGCGUAUGGCCACCCGCGUCUUGUGAAGCAGACACAACUAAAGAGUCAAUAAAGACGAGAACGGAAAGCGGAAAAUGUUUCUGUAUACGGGUUUUUUUUUUUAAGCAUUAAGCUUAGAUUAAUUGUCAUGUCCACAAAUUUGGAAUGUAGAGAAAGAGGAAGACAGAGAAAAAGAGAAAGUAGGGCGACAGGCCAGCGAAGCUCAACGAGCAAAGGAGCUAGAGCGAGAGAGAAAAAACAAAAGGAGACAUUUUCUGUUGGAGGAACAAUAUGAAAUUUUGUAGUGGCGGGAUGCUAGCGGCCACCAGGGUGAAAAUGAGCGACAGUUAAAAGAGUGAACAAGAACACGUCCGACAUUUCCUUCAUAAAACGUGUAACUAGGGAGUGUCUGGAAGUUUCAUGUAACAGUCGUGCAAAACAACGGCAAAGAAAUGUACAAAAAAAGUGUGCUGCACGUGCAAACUUGCUUUUUUACCGUUCUCGUUGCCUUCGCCGCUUAACAUUAUACGAUUUCAUAUUUUGUUUGAGCAAACUGUAAAAAUUAUCAAGAGCUUCGCUUUUAGCUUGGCUAAAUCUAUAUGUUAUUUAGCCUGGUACAACUAAUAAAUGCACUUAUUCACUUGUUCAUCGAUCAGGGGGCACGUCCUCACCUUUGAAAAUAUCUCAACCCAAAAAGCAUCUUUAAAUUGACCAGAAAUGCUUGGCCUCUGCUAAAAUACCUUGUUAGUCCAGGUGCUUGACGAAAGAUACACCAAGUUAUUGAUAUCAUCCCCUCCCCCAGAUAAUUUGUGCUCCUGCCUUUUCUAACCGCAGAAGUAUUUCUGACUGCUUAUUUGUAGAUCGUACUGUGCAGCAGGAUGGGAAUGUUUAAACGGAGGCUACUGUGUUGAUCUCCACCACUGCGUUUGUCCUCCAAACUAUUCGGGUGAGUUCAAGCUUCAAGCAUAGAAAACAAAAACAAGUCCGCCCGUUGACGCGUGUUUCAGCCGCCUCGUACCCAGGCCAGUUCGCGCUAUCCGAAUUACCAGAGAAGGCUUGGAACCGAGCGCGAUAGCUCGGCGAAUUUUCCCGACCAGCUUGACAGGUGACGUCACAUCCGAAAUCGCCGAGGACGACUGGGAGCGAGGCUGGUGUUUCAGUACUUAUAACUGAACGGCCGGCAUGACUAAAUACCGCUGCUACAUUUCUUUUUUUCCAUUUGAUUAGCAACUAGAAAACGUUACAACAGCAGGAGCCGAUUACUUCUGACAACAGUAAUGAUAACAUGUCAAAAUACCUGAGAUAUUAGAUGUGUUUCGAUUCGAAAUCUUUAGUUGACUGUUUCGGGCAGUUCUUUCAAUCGGCUCACUUUUCGUUUUUUCGUACGGAUUGGCCGAGAGCUCUGGCCGGUGAGUCUUUGAAACGACGUAACUGGAUGGCGCAAUUUGUUUCUCUGUCUCUGGUGCGCGAUUUUCCAAGAUCCUUUGCCGGGAAUAAACCUUUAAAACCGUCAAUUCAGAGUAAAAGCACUCGUAUCACUUGACUUUCAACAUUUCGACGUCAUUUCGAUCAUCUGUAAAAGUCGGGGGGCGGGGGAGGGUUCUCCCUUAUAUAAGCCAUACAGGUAUGUGCCGCCCCAAAGGGUAUAGUUUUUGCGCCGUUUUGGUCUGAAAACGGGUAUAGACUUUAUCCGUUUUGGUCUGGAAUCGGGUAGGGUUUUCGAGGAAACUACGGCAGUGUAUGAAAGUAUUUAUCGUUUCAAUUCCAAAUGAAUAAGAAAGAAAGAGAAAUAUGCGAAUUCGAGGUGGAUUUUAAGACAUCUUUCUCAUUGACAUUCUAAACCUAAGUAAUGGUGGUGACAUAAUUUCUCAGAGACCAGGUCUGAAAACGGGUGUAAAAAAUGACAAUUUUCGGUCUGAAAUAAGGUCAGGAUUUGGAGAACCGGGCGGCACACCCCCACCAAGAAUUCCCAGGUGUACCCCCCCCCCGGGAUAAUAGCAUUGACCAUUUUUAAAUUAAAAGUUGCAGGCGCGCGGUGGCCAGUGUAUAGUAUCAAGUGGCUAUUAAGAACAACUUUCAAAAUUGGGGGUAUGAGCAUGGUAUUGUUGUUUUAGAGCAACUCUGUGCAGAAGUCACUUAUAGUGCGUUAAACGUAUACAUGUAUUCAACUAUUCCUGUGAAGAAGAUAUGAAACAAAUUUCAUCAGGGAGCAGUAACCAAAAUAACCUUUUUGGUGAUUUUUUCUGGCAUACCGUAAAAUUCCGAAAAUAAGCCCCUCCAUGUAUAAGCCCUCCAAAUAUAAGCCCCCCCAUCCGGUAACGCAAAAAACCCUCCGUUAAAUCACCCCUCCAAGUAUAACGCCCCCCGAGGGCUUGUACUUGGAAAACUGCCCUCAAAUAUAAAGUAAAGCAAAGCCAAAACGGUAAAUUUACUCCCAACUAUAAGGCUAGCCCAUUCGAUUUUGAAACGCAAAUUUCCCUCCGUAGAUGAGCCCCUCCAAAAAUAAGCCCUUCAAAAAGGGCUUUUGAAAAAUAUAAGCCCCGGGGCUUAUUUUCGGAAUUUUACGGUAAAAUUAAAACUUUAAAAUUCCUUUGCCAGCUGUUGCCGGCAACAGACGACAGUGAGCAGUUCCAAUACCUUUUCAAACUUUUAUGGCCAUUAAUUACAAAUCUGGAGCAUUAUUUUUGGCAAUCAAUUGAUGCAACAAAAAGUUAAAGAUUUUUAAAAACAGUUCAAAAAGAAUUUCAGGUAUAGCGUGACAAUAACCCCGGCUUUCAGAGAUGGCGUGACAAUAGCCCCGGCUUUCGCAGAUAGCGUGACAAUAGCCUCUGCUUUUACAGAUGGCGUGACAAUAGCCCCGGCCUUUAAGAUGUCGCCCCAUUUAAGGGAAUCCGGAUUCCGCAAUCCGGUAAAUUUUUGCUUGUGGGAUCCGGAAUCCGGGAAAAGUUUUGCUCGUGAAAUACUGAAUCCUGGACUUUGGAAUCCCGAAUCCUAAGAUUGGAAUCCAGAAUCCAAGUUCCACAGAAAAUGACUGGAAUCCAGUACCUGGAAUCUGAAAUUCACGGCGAGGAAUCCAGAAUCCAAGACUGUCUUAGAUUCCCUAACAUGGGGCGCAAGAUGACUCCAUAUAUUAUCCGCACGCCGAAAUGUGAUUGAAAUUUAUUGAUUUACAAACCAAAAAAACCCUAUCUAUUUAAUACAAAAUUCCGUCUGUCUUGUGUGAAUACAGGGGAACAUUGUGAGACCAUCAGUGAAUGCAGUGUGCCCUGUGAACAUGGACGAUGUACCCACAAACCUGACGUGUGCGAGUGUGAGUCCAAUUGGGGGCCUCCAGGAAACUGCAGUAUCUACGAGGGUCCUUGUCUCAACUGCUCCUCUGAAGGAGGAACCUGCAAGGAUGGUCCUAACACGUGCAAGUGUAAACCAGGUAUGAAUGAUGAUACACAAUGUCCUUUACUCCUAAAUGAGAUUUUAGUGCUAUUUCCAGUACUCACUAUAAUUUUGGUGACUGUUGGCAGGGAAAAUUUUUCAUUGAUGCCCUUGAAAAAAGCCCACGAGUACAGACGUCUCUCCUCACAGCUCAAGGUACGUUUCGCGGGAAAGUCCCUUGUGGUCAUGAGGAGCGAGGACAGACGGCUGUAUUCGUAGGCUAAAAAAAUCAAACCCGUCACACAGCUGCUAGUUCUUGGUGAUUUUUUUUCAAGGUAGGAUAUUAUAUCUGACUUGUCUCCCGUCCCUUUCCUCUAAGGAUAUAUGGGUCCACAAUGCUCCGAAAAGACUUGUGAUGGAUGUGUUAAUGGACGGUGCCAUCUGGCCCCUCUCGGCAAGUCAUGUGCCUGUGAUGCUGGCUGGGCCAACCAAGUUCACGUCCCUGGAUUUGAUCCCUUGCACGGACCCUGUACGAUAAUCAGAUACUGUAUGGUGCCGUGUGUUCAUGGUGCAUGUCCACACGAUCCUUACAGCUGUGAGUGUAGUUCUGCUCAAUACGUGGGCACCGAGUGCGACACGAUUAGGUGUCCAAAGUGCUGUCCACCAGAGACGUGUGAUUGCUCUUCUCUUGCCAAUAUUCACUGCCGUCCUACUUGGCAUCACGAUUGCUGCCUGUUGAAGUCUUGCUUCAGGGGAGACACCUUGGUUCACACUGCCAGAGGAAUGGUACCGAUCGAAACCAUCAAGGAAGGCGAUAUGGUAGUGACUCGUCAUGAAGGCGACGAUUCUUCUGUGACUUAUCUGCGUCGUGUUGACCAAGUUCGGAAGCAGUUUGUGCCAAAAAUUGAUCUCGUUGUGUUUCGCACGCACGAGGAGGACAUCUGGGUAACGCGCGACCAUCCGUUCUUUGAAACUCUAACCGGCAAGUGGAUGAGUGCUGUGAAUGUAACGACCUCGCAUUCUCUCCAAGGUUUGAAUGGUAAAAUGGUGAAACUGAAGAAUCACCUGAAGGCGUCGCAACUUCUCACAUCAGCCGACGAGUCUGGUCUUGUUGCUGUUUACGAUCUAUCCGUAGAUGAGUACGAUCGAUACACCGUCGGGAAAGAUGGGCUGCUCGUGUCUGCGUGUAACAACUCGGAUGACUUGGAGCACAGGGACAAGCAAGUCUGGGGUGAAGCAGCGCAUCCAAACUUCGAUAGCAGCUCAGUUGGUGAAACACAGACAUUUGAGGUAACUAAAGCGAGGUUUGAAUUAAAGAGUCAGCCAGAAGGCAAAGAGGCGUUGACAGAGAAAAACAUACCGCACACUAAGUCUUCCAGUCGUAGAGCUAUGGUAAAACAGGCAAUUACCCCUGGAUCAGCAUAAAGUAAUGUAGGUCUAACUUUCAAAGCUUUUCAAACUCUUUUAGUCCUUUUGAAAUAACGUGGAUGCGAGGUAUCUUUUACACUUUUUGUCUAUGAGGGCGACAAAAAUCGAAUAUCUUUGCGCAUAGUUAUUAGAGGAGACUGGUUAUAAAAAGCGGCAAACAUCAAUGAUAAAAACAACAGUGCUGCAGUUUAUGUUGGAAGCACCCUGAAAGUGUACAAUCCUUUGCUUUCUGUUGGCAAAUUGUUACGGAAUAAAUUAAUGCAACGUUUUUAUUGGUCAAUGCAAUCAAAAUGAUAGGAAUUCUUUUGAACGUUGUGCACUUUCAGGUCCACAAAAACAUAUAACAAAGGAAUCUGACGGGUUUCAUAACCAUUCCACUCAAUUAACUAUGCUUUGCGUGAAUACUGACUCUUGAUUGGAUAAAAUUACACGGGAGUCCGUACCCCGAACACGGAUUUUGCUUAGUUCUGUUGUCCAACAGUAACCAUCCAUACCCCUGGAUCAGUAUAAUGUAAUGUAGAUCUAUUAAAACUAGUUUUCAAACUCUUUUAGAUUAUUUGAAAUAACGUGGAUGCGAGGUAUCUUUUACACUUUUUGUCUAUCGAAUAUCUCUGUGACAGUUUUUGUGUAUUGUUUCGUAACCAGGUCGCCAAAGAAGAGCUGAACUUGAACGACGAUCGCUCUGAUACUGGCAACUCAGGCGAGGUAGGUCCCACCGUGGCUAUAGUGAUCGGAAGUGUACUGGCUGCCAUGUGUCUGGUGGUGGCGUUGUUUCUCAUCAUCAAGUAUCGUGGCCACAAGAAGCGACGUACAGAGCUACAGCCACUGGUGGCCCACUCCUAAGGCUUUAACCGAAAUAGAACGUUGCUGCAAGAAAAUUGUAGGAAAAGGCUGAAGAUUGCAGACAUUCUCUCCUGUAGCAGAUUCGCGCUCAGCUAAGUUUAGAAUUAGUGUGCAGAGCAUAACCUCAAUGGCAGUAUCAGAGACAGAAUUGAUCAGUGACAAUGAUAGAAUGCAUGAAAGUAAACAAGCUGUUGUAAAGGAAACGAAGCCUGUUUGGACUUUUUUAGUUUGCAUUUUAUUUUCGUAUUUUUCAAAAUGUGACCGCGGAAAAAUUCAGAAAGCACACAGUUGUCUUGGGAGGAGGGCUUUCUUGAUCAUUGUAGCAUGUUUCAUUUUGACAGUAAGGCAUCUAAACCUAUUAAAAACUCGACCUCCCCCUCUGUCAGACCAAGGUCAGCUAUGGGUGACGGUUUAUGUAGUUAUAAUAGGUAUAGUCCGUGGUCGAAAUCUUAUGUUGUCAUUGAUGUCACCGGGAUUCAAGAUCAGAUGCAGCCUCUCUGGUAGUAGCUUUGAAGCAAUAUUCUAAACAUAAAAACUUAUAAACCUUGAGCGAAAAGUACACAGGUGAUCAAGGACUGUGAUUUUAAUUGUCUCAGAAGUUAGUAUUGAAAAAUAAAAGCCUAUCGUAUGAAUCGU